UAUCACCGGCAUCCUCACUGUGAAGCUCACAGCCACUCUCACACAGACGGACAGGCAGACAGAGGGAGGGAGAGAGUAGAGAAACCGUGGCAGCCUGUUGGAGAAAAUGAUCAGUCCCUGAGCGAGAGGAGAGGGUCAUUCGAUGCCGCUUCCUUCUCUGCGGAUCACCGGGAGAUGCUCACUGUUGUCCGGAUGACUUUCCAAGCUGCGCGGCGCGUCAGCACUUAGAAUAAAUUCAUUCAUCUGCUCAUAUCUGAUCUUCUGACGGACAGGUGGUGGCCGGACGCUGCGCUCAAACCCCAAAGAAAUUAUCGACUCUGCCCCACUCAUGAAUGAGUUUCCUGCUGUUUCAAGAAUGAUGUGAAGAUUCCUUAAGACAAGGCCACUUCUGAGCUCAAUUUUCCUCAGUCUAAUCCUCACAUUUGCUGGUACGCAACCCCAUUUAUCUGAGCCAGGCAUUCAGUGGAGCCCUGUGGGGAUGGGGACAUGCUCAGAUAAAGGAUGGACUUACGACAGCCUUACGAAAGGUCACCACCCUCCAAAGGUUAUGUCAUGGCCUCUGGCCCUCUGUCUAUUGACUCUAGUCUUUUUGAAUCAAAAGACGACUCUUGGACAGACAAUGAACACCUUCCAGUCUGAGAAGAGGGAAUGGUCGUUGAACCAUCUGACAGUGCAUCAGUCCACUGGGACUCUGUACAUCGGAGCGAUCAACCGGAUCUACAAGUUGUCCGCUAAUCUCACACUUUUGGUAUCUCAUGACACAGGACCAGAAUAUGAUAAUAAAGCAUGUUAUCCUCCCCUGAUAGUUCAGCCUUGUUCUGAGCCUUUGGCCUCUAUGGACAAUGUCAACAAACUGCUGCUCAUCGACUACUCUCACAACCGGCUGCUGGCCUGUGGUAGUCUCUAUCAGGGUAUCUGUAAGCUGAUGAGGCUAGACGACUUAUUUAUUCUCGUAGAGCCCACACACAAGAAAGAACAUUAUCUCUCCAGUGACAACCAGACAGGAACAAUGUAUGGGGUUGUCGUUCCUUCCCAGGGACAGGAUGCUACUCUGUACAUUGGCACUGCCGUUGGCGGCAAACAGGAUUACUUUCCAACUAUCUCCAGCCGUAAGCUCCCUCGCGACCCAGAGUCCUCUGCCAUGCUGGACUAUGAGCUUCACACUGAUUUUGUUUCAUCUCUAAUUAAAAUCCCUUCUGACACGUUGGCUCUUGUUCCGCACUUUGACAUCUACUACAUCUAUGGUUUCUCCAGCGGAAGCUUUGUCUACUUCAUGACCGUCCAGCCAGAGACUCCAGAAAAUGGAAUGCCUGCAGGGGGCUCACCUGGUGACCUGUUUUACACAUCUCGAAUCAUCCGCCUAUGCAAAGGUGACAAGAAGUUCCAUUCAUAUGUCUCUCUUCCUGUGGGGUGCGUGCACAGAGGUGAGGAGUACCGUCUGCUGCAGGCUGCUUACCUAUCUAAGGCCGGCAGGGUGCUGGCUAAGUCACUCAACAUCAGUGCCCAGGAGGAUGUCCUCUUUGCUGUGUUCUCUAAAGGACAAAAGCAGUACCGUGAUCCAUCAGAUCAUUCUGCUCUUUGCAUCUUCACUAUCCAAGACAUCAACAUGCGCAUUAAGGAGCGACUGCAGUCCUGCUACCAGGGAGAGGGGAACCUGGAACUGCACUGGUUGCUGGGAAAGGACGUACAGUGCACAAAGGCGCCUGUUCCCAUUGAUGAUCACUUCUGUGGCCUGGAUAUCAACCAACCCCUGGGUGGCUCUCAGCUGGUGUCUGGUCAGACAGUGUUCACUGAGAGACGGGACAGGAUGACCUCCGUCACUUCCUAUAUCUACAACGGACACAAUGUGGUCUUCUUGGGCACAAGGAGCGGACGCCUGAAAAAGAUCAGGGUGGACGGCGCUCAGGAGGGAGGAGUGCUGUAUGAGACGCUGACUGUGAUGAAGGACAGCAGCUCGGUCCUACGGGACAUGGCCUUUUCUCUGGACAGGAACUCUCUGUAUGUCAUGUCUGACUAUCAGGUGGUCCAGGUCCCUGUGGAGUCCUGUGAGCAGUACACUACUUGUGCUGAGUGCCUCAGCGCUGGUGAUCCCCACUGUGGCUGGUGUGUGCUCUACAACAUGUGUUCAAGAAAAGAUCGGUGCCUGAGAGCAGAGGAGAGCUUUCGCUUUGCGACAGACAUUGACCGCUGUGUGAAGGUUAUUGCUCACCCAGACAGUAUUGCUGUAUCAGCACAUAGCGUCCCUCUCCUACUGGAGGUGAAUAAUGUUCCAGACCUUUCUGCUGGAAUUACCUGUUCAUUUGGCCAGCAGGCCCAAGCAGAGGGUCACGUCAAUGGGAAUAGAGUCAUGUGUCUCUCACCAGCCGGGAAGGAAGUUCCUCAGAUUCCAGAGGGACAAGACUGGGCCGGUGUGGAGCUUCGUCUGAAUUCAAACGAGACGGGUCAAAUGGUUGCCAGUACAGAGGUGAAGUUCUACAACUGCAGCACACAUCAGAUGUGUCUGUCAUGUGUAAACAGCACAUUUCGCUGCCACUGGUGUAAAUACCGCAACCUUUGCACCCACGACCCAAGCAGCUGUUCUUUCCAGGAAGGAAGAGUCAAUGUAUCAGAGGACUGCCCUCAGCUCCUCAACUCUGGGGAAAUUCUUAUUCCGGCAGGCGAGGUCCGACCGAUCACCUUGAGGGCCCGAAACCUCCCUCAGCCGCAGUCGGGCCAGCGGGGCUAUGAGUGCUUGGUGAACGUACAGGGCGUCAGUCACCGUGUCACGGCACUGCGCUUCAACAGCACCAGCGUUCAGUGCCAGAACAGCUCGUACAUGUACGAGGGUGUGAAGAUCAGUGACCUGGCGGUGGACCUCUCCAUCGUAUGGAACGGCAACUUCAUCAUCGACAAUCCUGAGAAGAUUAAAGUGCAUCUGUACAAGUGCAGCGCCCAGCGGGACAGCUGUGGCAUGUGUCUGCGUGCUGAAAGGAAGUUCCAGUGUGGCUGGUGUAGCGGUGAGGGUCGGUGCACCAUGAGGCAGCACUGUCCCCCCAUUUCCCCUUACGCCAGCCGCUGGCUGGACCUUUCUGCCAGGAAUGUCAAGUGUACCAACCCACGCAUUACAGAGAUAAGCCCAGUAGCAGGGCCUCUGGAGGGGGGCACGCUUGUCACUAUUCAGGGCCUGAACCUGGGUCUCUCCUUCUUUGAGCUUGUGGGCAACGUGGAGGUGGCAGGAGUGGAGUGCACACCGCAGCAGGAGGGAUACGUCACUGCAGAGCAGAUUGUAUGUGAGAUGGAUGCAGCUCUGGAAGGAAGCGCCCCAGGUCCAGUCAAGCUGUGUGUCGGUGAAUGCAGACCAGAGUUGAGCGCACAGUCCUCACAGAUCUACACAUUUGUGAUACCCACCAUUUUGGCUCUGACCCCAGGCAGAGGACCUGAGUCUGGGGGUACUAAGGUUACCAUUGUUGGAGAGAAUCUGAGCGCAGGAAGCACUGUCACUGUGUACUUUGGAAAUCAAACCUGCGAACUGUACAGGAGGAGCAUGUCAGAGAUUGUGUGCUUUGCGGCUCCAUCACUGACGGGUGCGGGACCAGUUCAAGUCAGUUUGAGUGUUGACCGGGCCAAGGCUCCUGGAAGUCUGACCUUUGACUACAUUGAAGAUCCCACAGUCCAACGCAUUGAACCACUGUGGAGCAUUGUGAGCGGGCACACCACCCUGACGGUGACUGGGACCAACCUGGAUGUGGUUCAAGAACCUCGGGUUCGAGUCAAAUAUGCUGGCCAUGAAUCUGUGAAUGUUUGCAAAGUUCUGAACACAACAACCAUCAGCUGCUUCGCCCCUUCUCUGAAGGCGGAUUACACCGCCGACCAGGAGACGAUAAAACAUGUGGACGAGUUUGGCUUUGUCUUCAACAACGUCCAAGCUCUUCUCACAUACAACAACACAGGAUUUGUCUACUACCCAAAUCCUUACCUGGAGCCCCUUAGCCUCUCAGGUGUUCUGGAGCAAAAACCUGGCGCUCCCAUCAUUCUCAAAGGCCGUAACCUGGUGCCAUCUGCCUCCGGUGGAGCCAGGUUGAAUUACACCGUGCUGAUCGGAGAUACCCCCUGUUCUCUUACUGUGUCAGACACUCAGUUACUCUGCGAGCCACCAAACCUCACCGGGCAACAUAAAGUCUUGGUGCAGGUAGGUGGACUGCAUAUCUCUCCUGGAGAAGUUCACAUCCGAUCGGACAGCUUGCUCACCAUGCCAGCUAUUCUCAGCAUCGCGGCUGGUGGAGGAUUGCUCCUCAUCAUCGUCGUCAUCGUCCUGCUCGCCUACAGACGAAAGUCUCAUGAGAAUGAUCUCACUCUGAAGCGCCUGCAGAUGCAGAUGGACAAUCUGGAAUCCAGAGUAGCUCUGGAGUGUAAAGAGGCUUUUGCUGAGCUACAGACGGAUAUUAAUGAGUUAACCAGCGAUCUGGAUAGAGCUGGCAUCCCCUUCCUGGACUAUCGGACUUAUGCAAUGAGGGUUCUGUUUCCUGGGAUUGAUGAUCAUCCAGUACUGAGGGAGCUGGAGGUUCCUGGGAGUGGACAGGCGAAUGUGGAGAAAGCCUUGAAGCAAUUUGCUCAGCUGGUGAAUAACAAGGUUUUCCUGCUGACAUUCAUCCACACACUGGAGACGCAGCGCUCCUUCUCCAUGCGAGACCGUGGCUAUGUCGCUUCACUCAUCAUGACCUCCCUGCAAGGACGGCUGGAGUAUGCCACAGACAUCCUCAAACACCUGCUCUCCGACCUUAUAGAGCGCAACUUGGAGAGCAAGAACCACCCCAAAUUGCUCCUCCGCAGAACAGAGUCAGUGGCAGAGAAGAUGCUGACAAAUUGGUUUGCCUUCUUGCUUCACAAAUUUCUCAAGGAGUGCGCUGGGGAGCCUCUGUUCAUGCUGUUUUGUGCCAUCAAACAGCAAAUGGAGAAGGGACCCAUAGACUCCAUCACAGGGGAGGCACGCUAUUCCCUCAGUGAAGACAAACUCAUCCGGCAGCAGAUUGAAUACAAAAUGCUGACGCUGAGCUGUGUGAACCCCGACAAUGAAAACAGCCCAGAGAUCCCAGUCAAGGCUCUCAACUGUGACACAAUUACCCAGGUGAAGGAAAAGAUCCUGGAUGCUGUGUACAAAAAUAUGCCAUACUCCACCCGACCUCGAGCUACAGACAUGGACCUGGAGUGGCGGCAGGGCAGAACAGCUCGUGUGGUCCUGCAGGAUGAAGACAUCACAACAAAGAUAGAAGGCGACUGGAAGAGACUCAAUACACUCAUGCACUACCAGGUAUCUGAUCGGUGUGUGGUGGCCUUGGUGCCCAAACAGAUGUCCUCUUUCAUCAUUCCCUCCUCAGCCAGCUUCCCUCGCAGUAUCAGCAGAUACGGUAUGGACGUCCCAUUCCGCUCCACCCCCACCAGCCCUGACAGCCCUCACUCCUGUGUGCCUAUGCUCACUCCUGACCUGGAGAGUGGUGUCAAAGUUUGGCAUUUAGUCAAGAACCACGACCACGGUGACCAGAAAGAGGGCGAACGUGGAAGCAAGAUGGUGUCUGAGAUCUACCUAACAAGACUCCUAGCAACUAAGGGCACGUUACAGAAGUUUGUGGAUGACCUGUUUGAGACUUUGUUCAGCACCGUGUGUCGAGGCACUGCUCUGCCUCUCGCCAUCAAAUACAUGUUUGACUUCCUCGAUGAGCAGGCAGACAGACAUGGCAUCCAUGACAUGGAUGUUCGCCACACAUGGAAGAGUAACUGUCUCCCGCUGCGGUUCUGGGUGAAUGUAAUCAAAAAUCCCCAGUUUGUGUUUGACAUCCAUAAAAGCAGCAUCACAGACGCCUGCCUGUCAGUGGUGGCACAGACCUUUAUGGACUCUUGCUCAACAUCUGAACAUCGUUUGGGUAAAGAUUCGCCCUCCACCAAGCUGCUCUAUGCCAAGGAUAUUCCACACUAUAAGAGCUGGGUGGAAAGGUACUACGCUGACAUCAACCGCCUACCUGCCAUCAGUGAUCAGGAUAUGAAUGCCUAUCUGGCUGAACAGGCUCGCCUCCACUCCAGUGAGUUCAACGUACUCAGUGCCCUGCAUGAGAUCUACGCUUACGUCAGCAAGUACAGCCAAGAGAUCAUUGAAGCACUGGAGCAAGACGAACAAGCCCAGAAGCAAAAGCUGGCAUACAAAGUGGAGCAGAUCAUAUUUGCCAUGUCGCCAGAAAGCUGAAAUAUACACACCAAAACAUGAAGAAUUCCCAAGACAAAUACACGUAUGGUAUGUCCAAACUUUAGCGUUUAAUACCACAAAUCAAAGUGUAACGGAGGAGAUUAAAUAUUUAACAUAUAAGCUCCUCAGAUGUGGACAUCAGCAUUUCCAUAUGUGCAUGUGUGAUCAUAAUCGCACAUACAGAUACAGCAUACACAGAAAGAUUUAUCUAACUUACUGUGUAAACAUACACACACAUAAAUACAAAUGUACAUACACAAACCACAGCAGUGCAUCCCAAAGCAAAGACUUUUACUCCCAGUGUCACUUUUUUUCCUGAAGAAACUCCUACAAGAAAACAUUCAGCUUCUAAAAACACUCAAACAGAGAGCAAAAGGAUUUAGGCCAUCAUCAGUUGCAGAUUUAACUGCCAAUUCCUACCCACUGGGAAAAUGGUUUGCCUCUGUAGUCGGUGCUUAUACUAACUGUGAGCGAGGCACCACUGUGAGCUCUGAAGAGAACAGGACUUAAUAAGAGAAUGACUCAACGCUUAAGCCAGCGGAGGAGCUCGACAAAGACAGGAGCCAAUUUAAUGGGACGGCACGUCUGUUGUGACGGAACUCAAAGUACAUUUUAUGUCAAAGUUGAAGGACAGUUAUUCAUGUGACUGACUUGGAGUGACAUUGCUAUUUGUAGCCAUUCUGAGCAGAGAUGUGUGACUAUGUGUUGUUAAGCCUUUGCUAUGGGCUUUUAAAAGACGUGCAGUGUUAUGUUUCACUCUGUGACGAUUGUCUGAACUUCUAAACUCUGAAGCGACUAAAAUCUCCUAAAAGUCCCAGACUCAAAGACAUCUCAACGCUACAAUUUUUAAUAUAUAUGGAGAUAUUUUGGGCCCUCUUCCUGGAUUUUACUGCAUCUCAUGAUUCAUUUGAAUUAAAUGCUCCUGUUAAAGCUAUUAAUAAAACAUGACAUUGUACGGAAGAGAUCUCAUUUGAGAUAGGACAUUUUUACAGUGAUCUAUAGUGCACUAAUUCAGCCAUUCAAAGAUAAGUGGAGGCCGAAUUGAACUGUUGCAGAAAGCAUGAUUAAUGACGUUUUAAGCGUGAUCGUGGAUCAGAUUAGCGUAAAUUUGGCCCAUAGCAUCCUACCCCGCACCUUUCCCUUCUCAUCAGUUAUUGUUUACAUGAAGCGUAAUACUUGAAAUGCACCCGGUGUACAGGAUAUUAAGAACAUCUGCAGCUCUUGUCAAGUAACUUGAAUAGAUUAAGUUAGAUAAAGCCGUUGAUGCGUUAUUGAUUUUUUCCAAUAUGGUGUCUAACUUGAGCUUGACGUCGAACUGAAUUGUGGGUGAAAAGCUGAAACGGAGCUGUAGAUUUGUGCAAAGCAGGUGUGCUUAUUUUUUGUAAACAGAUUGAAUAUUUAAUUAAUUCAAUUUGUGUUUGGAUCAGCUUUUGAUCCGUUUCAAGUCUGCUUGUUGCGUCACAAUGUGUUUCUGUGUUUCAACCCACAGUGCCUUGAAAACGUAUUUGCCCUUUACAUUUUCUUCUGUGUUUGCGUUUAUGUUACACUUAACUGUUUCGAAUAAUCAAAUUAAACAAAAGCUUGUUACAAUAAAAAAGCAUUAUUGAAAAAAUAAUAAGUGCAUUUGUUAAACUUAAAAAAAUUAUGCAGCUUUAUGUCAACAGUCAUAAAUGUUCAGAAAGACUUACUCAUGUUCAUUACAGAUGUUAUGUUUAUGACGGCGUCAUGACAGUUUUAUUCACAACCCGUUAAAUAAAGUGUUACCAAAAAAAAUAAGAGUAAAAAACAACAUAAAUCUGUAAGGGGCAAAUACGUUUUUUAAGGCAACAAUUUCAUUUUGCUUUCCAGUGUUCAUAUAUUUGACCUGGCUGCUUUAGUUUCAGCGCUGGUGUUGCUACAGAACACAUUUCUAAACUUUCAGCCAAUUACCAUCAUGAAGAGAGAAAAGUCUGCUUGGCCAUCACUCUGAUUGUGGGUUUUACUUUUGAUUGCUUCACCCAUUGUGAUGAUGCUAGAUGAAGACCAUUUGGUGCUUAAGGCUGUUUCAUUAAGAAGCACGCUCAGUCUUUUGCUGCCAGUUUUACCAUGUCAGUAUUUAGAGGAGAUUUUACACUCCUCACAGGACCUUGAUUCAUGGAAAAAUAGAUAAAAAAAAAAACAUUUCAUGUUAAGUGUUAAAAUGUGAUGGAAU